AUGUCCUCGUCUUCAAUCUCUGUCUUCCCUGGUUCCUCGAAUGUUGCAGAUCAAGCUGCUCCAAGAAUUGGACUGUUAUCAAGUGUCUACAUCAACAAUGCUUGGUUUCCAUCAAUGAGGGAGAUUCGAAAGGCAGAAGGACAUCACACGAAAUUGGCAGCGGUUGAACGAGUGGUGGAAGGAUUGGUGUUGUUAGAGGAAGCUUUUGUCAAGUGUAGCAAAGGAAAGGCCUUCUUUGGCGAGGAUAGCAUUGGAUACCUUGACAUAGCCGUAGGAUGGUUUGCGAGAUGGCUUAAAUUUGCAGAGAAGACACAUGAUUUGAAGCUUCUUGAUGAAACCAAGAUGCCUAAUCUGGUUGGAUGGGUUCAUAGGUUUCUUUCAAAUGAGGCAAUGAAAGAUGUUGUCCCAAAGAUUGAGCAGAUGACGGAGAUAAUCAAGAUGCUUAAAGCCAGAGAACAAGCUCAAUCUCCCAAUUAA